UCUCGUUCGAUUUUGUAUUGCGUACACGCCGUUUACAGAGAUCCGUUAUCGCAGAUCAACCGUGAAAAUGAUCGCGACGUGAAUUUCGCCGCACGGCCACACGGGGUGUUUUUUUCUCUCUUUUCUUUCGCACGGCGAUAACGAUUGUGCACGUUAUUCUCGGUUGAUCUAGGAGGAUGCAGCGCAUCGCGGCUUUACUGGCUUUGCUCGCCUGCGUGUCGGCACCUGCUCAUGGCCAAGAUGGUGAUCUCUAUUUUUCGGUGAGCCCCGCGGAACACUCGGUUGUCGAAGGACUUCCAGUUCGUUUGAGAUGCGAGGCUCAACCGAGCUCGCAUGUUAAAUAUUCGUGGAAAAUAGACGGACAGCCCCUCGCUCCCAGUCCGCGAAGGCAUCAAGUCGAGGGUGAUCUUUAUAUCACUAGGGUCAAUCGAAUCUUGGACAGUGGGAAGUUCGUUUGCGUGGCCACACACGAGGAAACCGGCUAUUCGAUCGAGAGCUCACCCGCCAAGAUCGACGUUCAAUCAACUAAUUUUAUCGUCCUACCUUAA